AUGGAUAAAGAGACUGAUCAGAAGAACUCGCAGAGACUUGCCCGGGUACGUGAGAAUCAGCGCAAGAGUCGAGCGAGGAAGCAGGAAUAUGUGCGAGAAUUGGAACAGCGCAUAGGAGCCUGUAAUGAGGAAGCACAGCAGAAAGAUAUCGAAAAUAGGUUAAAAAUCCAGAAAAUUGAGGCAGAGAACCGUCACCUUCGAACUUUGUUGCGCUCGCUGGGAGUGUCCUCGGACCUCGUUCAACGAUAUGUUCAGUUGGCCAGUGAAGGAGCCGCGGUUGAUCGCAAAGUUGCAAUACCCGCAAUUUCACGAUCGAAGGAUAUAAAUGACUCCGAGUCAACCUCACAAAAAGCAACCAAGUCCGAAUCAUCUCUUACCCCGGAGCCGCUCAAAACACCAGCAUCAGAGGCCCAAGAAGAUCCAUCACCACCACACGAGAAUAUCACAAAUCCAUCAUUAUGUGGAUGUUCUACGGAGGAACAAAUCGCAAACUCAUGGCCAUCUGAUGAUAAUUUAUUGAACACGACACUUUGCUCUAUCGCAGACGACCUGGUCCGCCAAUAUAAUGCUCGUGGUACGGAUAUAGACGAAAUCCGACACAGGCUUUGGGCCGGCUUUAGAAGAGGACAGUCAGGCGAUGGCUGCCGCGUGCAAAAUAACAUCUUGUUUCAAGUGCUGGACGAGAUUAGCAAUGGGAUUUGA